GUGUGCGUUUGUAUGUGAGAGGAAAAACAGAGAGUUGAUGUGGGAAUGAGAGAAAGAGGGAGUGUGUCAGAAAGAGUGGGAGGGUACAUCCAGCUCUGGCUGAUCAGUGUUUCCUGUCUCCUUCAUGUUGUGUGGAUUUCUCCACGCACUGUCCAGAGCAGGCACACUGGCUCAACAUCACCACAAAUCUUUGAUCAUUUUUUUUUUCUUUUUUCUAAUUAAGCACCAACAUUUUGGAGAGGUGUUUGAUAUUUAGACAGCAGUCACUUCAAAACAGGUUGACAUGUUGAAUUUUUUAUUAUUUAUUUGAUUUAUUUUUUGUGGAAUCGGACUGUUGUCAUUGAGUAUGGCGAUGAAUGGUCAUGGUUUGCCGCCAUCAAUACCAGAGAAUGGGGAACUUCCUCAUGGAGAAAUGAAUGGAUACCACCAGAGGUUUCUGGGUAUUGAUGGGGGAGAGGCUGACAUCCCGGUCUCCAAAUCCCAGAGACGGAAGAGCGACGUUAAAGUUUAUAAAGAGUUUUGUGAUUUUUAUGCUCGAUUCAACAUGGCCAAUGCUCUGGCCAACGCCAUAUGUGAGCGGUGUAAGAGCGGCUUUGCCCCGGCUGAGAAGAUUGUGAACAGUAACGGAGAACUUUACCAUGAACAGUGCUUUGUCUGUGCACAGUGUUUCCAGCAAUUCCCAGAGGGACUCUUCUACGAGUUUGAAGGCAGGAAGUACUGCGAACAUGACUUCCAGAUGCUGUUUGCUCCCUGCUGCCACCAGUGUGGAGAGUUCAUCAUUGGCCGUGUGAUCAAGGCCAUGAACAACAGUUGGCAUCCAGACUGUUUUUGCUGUGAUAUCUGCCAUGCUGUGCUUGCUGAUGUUGGCUUUGUUAAAAAUGCUGGAAGGCACCUCUGUCGGCCAUGUCACAACAAAGAAGCUCGGGGCCUUGGCAAGUACAUCUGUCAGAAGUGCCAUGCCAUCAUUGAUGAGCAGCCUCUUCUGUUCAAGAAUGACCCCUACCACCCUGAUCACUUCAACUGCAACAACUGCGGAAAGGAGCUAACUGCUGAUGCACGAGAGCUGAAAGGGGAACUCUACUGUCUGCCAUGCCAUGACAAGAUGGGUGUCCCCAUCUGUGGAGCCUGCAGGAGACCGAUUGAGGGCCGUGUAGUUAAUGCCAUGGGCAAGCAGUGGCACGUGGAGCAUUUUGUGUGUGCUAAGUGCGAGAAACCCUUCCUGGGACACCGUCACUAUGAACGCAAGGGACUGGCCUACUGUGAGACUCAUUACAACCAGCUGUUUGGAGAUGUUUGCUACCACUGCAAUCGUGUUAUUGAAGGAGAUGUGGUGUCUGCACUUAACAAGGCAUGGUGUGUCAACUGCUUUUCCUGCUCAACCUGCAACACUAAGCUCACCCUCAAGGACAAGUUUGUGGAGGUGGAUUUGAAGCCCGUAUGUAGACAUUGCUAUGAACGCCUCCCAGACGACAUGAAACGUCAGCUGGCAAAACGAGAGCGCGACUCCAAAGACAAGAAGAAAUCAUUGAUGCCCAUGUGUCUGUGAGCCUGGCUUUCUUCUUUCUCCUUACUUCUGCUGUUCUUCCUUUGG